GAGAGCUCGCCCGCAUCCAGCGUUGCGCAUCACAUUCCUCGCUGGCAGCAGAAUGUGCGCACACGUUGAUGUCACGGAAGCUCUUUGGGGUUUUCUUUCGUUCUAAGUUCACCUGGUCUGAUGUGUUCCUCUAAAGUGUCAUUUAGGGGAGGAUGUUGCUUCUCAUUUAUGCAACUUUGAUUGGAUUUUUCUUCAAAACAGGUCAUGCUCUCCAGAUCCAGUGCUACCAGUGUGAGGAGGUGAGAAACAAUGAAUGCUCCACACCGGAGUUCAUCGUCAACUGCACCGUCAACGUGCAGGACAUGUGCCAGAAGGAGGUGAUGGUGAAGGCGGACGGCAUUCAUUACCGGAAGUCCUGCGCAUCGUCCGGAGCCUGCCUGAUCGCCUCGUCGGGCUACCAGCCGUUCUGCACCGGGAAGCUGAACUCUGUAUGCAUCCACUGCUGUAACACGCCCCUGUGCAACGGGCCCCAGCGGAAGAAACGGCCGCCGAUGUCGGCCGCGACGUCCCUCUUUUCCCCUGGCGCCUCGCCCCUCGCCUUCCUGCUGGUCUGCCUCUCCCUGACGUACAACCAAAGGCUCUCGCCCCUCGUCCCGCUGCUCCAUCCCGAGGUGACACUAGAGUAGUGUGGGGCCAUGCGAGACUCCGCCGGCUGUAGUGCCACAGCCGACUUUAGCGUCGUGUCCCCGAGAGGAAUCCUACACAUGAGAGAGACUCUGUAAGCGUCACCUUCGGAUGUUUAAAAAGCCCUUUGGUCUGAGGGCCUUUUUCUAGCCCCUGGCGUUCUAGCCCCUGGGUCGUCUUUGGCUCGCUUCUCCCUUUCCUCUGUCCUGUGGUUACUCUUCUUACUUCGCGGGGGGGGGGGCCUCGUCGGGGCUACGUACGCUGCUGUUUGUAGGAAGCUACAUCAUUACUUCCAAUGAUUAGGAGUCAGACGUGAUUAUGGUCAAUUUAUUUAACCCGUUGUGGGUGUGAGUCUGGGGGAGAAGCUAGCAACAGCUUAGGACGUUAAGCAGUGAGUGGUAGAGGUUUUGGUCAGUUAAUUACAGUAACUACUAAUUACUAAAUCACUUGUCUUAUAUAGUUUGUAUGUAUUUACUUGAAAUAUUGCCGAAAGACAAAGGAUAAAGGGAUUACAUCAUAAAAAAAAAUUAUAAUGAUGUAAGGCAUUUGUUUCCAUACUUAUCCAUUCAGAGAUGAUAGAAUGUGUUAUUAGCUAUAGUAAUUUACAGUAAGAUAAUCACCUAUAUAAACAUCCUCUGUCAUUUGUUAAAACAAAACGUACAGACAUUUUACCCUGAAAAAAAAUGUAUAUUUAAGUCAACAAACCCCUCCCAUCUUUCAGUUUGUUUAGCUGUAGCUCUUGUGCAGUUCAGUUAUCCAUAACUGAUACGUCCCCAAAAAAGACAUUCCAGUUCGGGAAUCGAUAGGGAUGCGCAAAGCGUCGUCACAGACGUGAGGUAUGUGUCUUGUGUUGUGGUGAAGGUCAGGCACAAAGUACUGGUUAUUGUAGCCACCCACUGAAACUGCUUAGGGGAGCUUUUUAGUGUCUCUGCUCAUCUGGGUCUUUUUACGAGGGUGGUAUAAUUCUCAUUCAGCAGCAUAUGUCUUUUUGCAAAAGUAUUGACUUACGGAGGCCAGAACUGCUGCGAAACAAUUUGCGUCCGGGAAUGGUGUGGAGAGCGUUACGAUGGGUGGCGGGGCAUUGUUGAUAGGUCCAUUUACUCCGCAAUUCAUCACGUCUGAAUGCUGAUCUUACCAUUAGGCCCCGCGGAAAUCAUAUCGUCCCUCUUUCCGGUCGGAGUUUUACGAUCAGAUGAUUUGCUCGGGCUCAAGCCCAGCCCUUUCUGGAUUGUCCAAAACGAUCCAUUGUGGGACAGUUGACUGAUCCUGCAAACUGUUCCCAUUAUACCUUCAACCGACCCAUCAAACUGACAUCUUGUACUGACAAUUAGAGCUUAGUGUAUGACUACUGAAUGUUGUGCCAGUGUGAAAGUGAGGCAAACCUUCACAGAAUUGCAUAGACAAAAGAGAGCAAGAUCAGGUUUUAGCCGGAAGGCGGUACAGGUUAUUACUUUGACUAGUGUUGUGCCGUGUUGUUUUGUUUCCUAUGAAGUAUUGGUGUAACAGUUGUUUUCCGGUCACCUGCUGUCUUUCUGUCUGGCUUGGUCUCCUGUCAAUCAUUAGAGACUGAAGGGAAGAGGGAAAAUGGCCUUUAUUACGUUUCGGUGGCUUUCGAGAAAUGUAUUGAUUAUCUAGCACUCGUUAUUCUUUGACGCUGUAAUAAAGUAUUUGUAAAGGUGAUAAUGGAGGAUUGGCGUAACACUGUUUUGUUUGUUUAAUUAUGUUUCUUUUAAUGUCUCACGUUAAAAGUUAACUGACAGUGCUAGUGAUGAUUUCUUUCUCCUUAUUUGAUGUUACUCAUAACCACGUUCAUCACUGACCUACAGUACCACGCGUUAUGGGUAUUUCUUAUGAUGUUGUAGCUUGGUUGGUCUUCUGUGAAGAGUGACUGUAUCUUCCCACCUGACAUGCAAAUAAAGAGCCAUUGAAACUACAAGAAAACACUUGAAACAGCUGACUUACAAAUGCUUUGAAAUAACCAAAAUAUGCGAGAGACAAAAUAGCAAUCUUUUGGAAGGCAGUUUAAUGACCUUGGACGUCCGGGAAGGGUCUCUUCUGUUAGAGUUAGGUCUGGUCUGGUCUAUUAGUGAUAAAUGGGACCUGCUAGGUCAGCCACACACUGGGAGAUGGCGGGAGAGAUAUAGGGAAGGAGUGAGAGAUGGAGGGAGAGCGAGGUGGCCCAAGGAGCCUUGCACCAUGUUUGAAUGAGAGCACCGAGGUGAUGGAGGCUGUGAAAUAUCCCAGAGCCUCGCUUUAAAUGACACUGACCUCCACUGGCUUGGGAUCUUAUUAUUCACCACCAGAUACAUACUGUAUGUACUUGGCUCACAUUCUUUAACCGUCUAAAAUCUACUUUGAGGUAGUUGUCCGCGCAUUUUGUGUCCACAGUCAGGCCACGGGACGGUGGCACAAUUUAGGGGGGGGUUUCAUCAUUUGAAGUGGACAAAGCAACCCUCCACAUUUCAAUUCUGCCCCCAAUUUCCAAUGAACUUCAACUGCUGUAAUUCCAUCAUCACAGACUAUACUAAUGCAACAGACGUUCAUUACCGAAUCAGUUUUGUACUGUCUAUUAAUCACUGGAGUUUCCUAAAUGUAAAAUAUAAUUUAUUUUGAAAACGACAUCCCAUCUGUGAUGUAUCUGUGAUUAACUUAUUAACCUUCCAGAACAUUAUUACUGUUCCGCUGUCAUGGGUUACACAAAACAUUAUCACCAUGAUAAUGUUAAUAAAUGUUCCUGCACAUAGGUGUGAUGCCAUGCCCUGCCCUUGUCCACUUCUUCAGUGAUCCCACACAGUGCAGAGAACAAAGAGAACCAAGCUGCUUCUUGCCAUUCAUUCAGUCAGCAAUGGAAAACUAAGUCCUAUGAGCACAGUAAUCAUUUGCUUUAGGCAGACAAUAAGGAUGGUGACAUAAGUGGGUUUCUCUGUGGUGUCACAAAUGAUUCCACACACACCUGUUCUAGAGAGGUCAGCUCUGUCCUGGUCAUCCUCUGUCUUUUAUAAUGUGUAUUAACUUAGAUGCUGUUGUCUAUCACAAAUAAUACACUGUUGAAAACAGUCCGCACAAUAAUGCACGCUUGGUUACCUCAUGUCAGAGUGGAGUUACUUAGAUACUUAACAAAUAGCAGGCUUGGACUUUUGCAAAUAACACAUUUUUUACAUCUCCCAUUUGAAACUGAAUGUGUAAUAUGUUUUAUGUGAUAUGUGAGAAUAUUAUACCGUAGUAUAACAUACCG